UAUCGCUCAUUUCAGCAAUCCAACUCAAUAAAAUUUCGUAGUAUUCAGUGUUUGUGCCCUUGGCAUACAUAGCGUGGCUUUUGAUUUUUAUCCUGCAAGUUAUUACUAUAGAAAAAGGAGCUUUGUGCAAACUAACGAUGCCUGGACAAUACUGCAAAUACAAGUGCACUCGAUUGAUAAUGACGGUGCUCCGGUCGUAUCUGAGCAUACUGUACCUAUGGGGAAUUUUGCAAUUGGCUGCCAUCAUUCCGAUUCCCUGUGAGAUUUGGGAGACAAAAUUCUUGUUCGCAACAAGGUCCUACAAAGUUUCCUACAAGUCGUUUUUUACUAAUCAUCUGGCGAUGUCGUUGUGUGUUUGCUUUAUGAUCCUCGGUGUGCUGAUCAAUCUGUACCAAUGCUGUCGCUGCAGACUACUUGGAGCCCGAAUUUGGAAAGCAGGAGUGGCUCCGCCGCCCAUUUAUAAACCCAUUUUGAUCUUGACGAUACCCUAUAUCUCAGUCUUCGUUCUUACCUGGCUAAUCACCACCAACGCCACGUAUCGGGGCAUCAUCUUUGUGGCUCAGAGUGAAGUGGGUGACAAAAGCGGCAGGGCGAUCUGUCUAUUGGUUAUCGGUCUUCUAUUGAAGCUUCUAGUUUUGGCCAAUUUCUACUCGGUUUGCAUACGCAUCUGGGCGUACUUGAAUAUCUUGAAUAUUGGCUCGAAUGAGUGGCUUGAAAACAACUACAAUUUUGGCGAUCACCUCAAUUUGUUCUUUUGCGUUUGAUAAGUUGUGUAUAUUUUUAGCGAAAA